UCCACCCAACCGCCGGAUUCCGGUCGCCUGGGCAGAACGUCGCAGAACCGCGAGCCCGCUCGGAGCGCGCGGUCCGAAAGUCCCCACGUCUGGUUCUGCGUCCCCGGCUCCCCAGAUCCGUCGCCAUGGCCAGCCAGGAGCUGGCGCGCAAACUGCAGCGGCGACUGCAGUGGGAGGAGGCGGAGGAGGGCCGCCCCCAGACCGCGUCCUGUGCUUUCGCCGCGCGGGAUCCCGAACCCGAGUGCGAGCCCCUAGCCUGGGCGCCCACCGCCAGCGCGGACGCCGAGCUGAGUGCGCAGCUGACCCGACGGCUGGACAUCAACGAGGGCACCGCGCGGCCUCGCCGCUGCAAGGUCUUCAACCCCUACACCGAGUUCCCGGAGUUCAGCCGCCGCCUCAUCAAGGACCUGGAGAGCAAGUUCAAACUGUAUGAUGCUGGACGGGAUGGCUUCAUUGACCUGAUGGAGCUGAAGCUGAUGAUGGAGAAGCUGGGUGCCCCCCAGACCCACCUGGGCCUGAAAAACAUGAUCAAGGAGGUGGAUGAGGACUUCGAUGGCCAGCUCAGCUUCCGUGAGUUCCUGCUCGUAUUCCACAAGGCUGCGGCAGGGGAGCUGGAGGAGGACAGCGGGCUGAUGGCGCUGGCCAAGCUCUCCGAGAUCGAUGUGGCCCAGGAGGGCGUCAAAGGUGCCAAGCACUUCUUUGAAGCCAAGGUCCAAGCUUUGUCCUGUGCCAGUAAGUUUGAAGCUGAGCUAAAAGCCGAGCAAGAUGAGCGGAAGCGGGAGGAGGAGAAGAGGAGGCUCCGCCAAGCUGCCUUCCGGGAGCUCAAGGCUGCUUUCAGCACAUAGUCAAGUAACCUUGACCUCCAUCCACACAGUGCCUCACAGAUGCCCCUGAGAGAGCUGGCUGGGCACCCUCACCCCUGCCACUCCCACCCCUACCCAGCCUCCACACCCACCACCCAGUGCAAACUCCGCAGCCUCAUGGGGGGGCAGGAGAGGCUCUCGUCCUUGUGUGGGAGGGGCUCCCACAGGGUCCCAGGGUCCUGGGAUGAGCCAACUGGCCCCCUUGCUUCUCUUUCCUGCCCUCCUUCCUAUGUAGCCAGAUUGUGCCUCUACUUGGCAGUUUGUACUUUUUCCUUGUCCCUUUGCCACUCUGCAUCAGAGAGUGUUAAUUUGUGCAGAUAUUUCUUUCUUUGAUGGUCCUCAGAGGAGAUAGUCCCUAGAGGGCUCUGAUGUUAAUGUUACCCCCAUUUUCUUGGGUGAUUCUCUGCCCCUCUCCUCUCUGGGUCCCCCCCCCCACCCUUGCUUUGUUUCUUAUCCAACUUCCUGUUUCCAUUCUGAGCCUGAUUCUGCCAGUUGCUUUUGCAUCUUCUGUCUUUUGAUGAUGGUGAGGUUGAAGGCAAGCCAGGCUGGGCCACUGCCUGUCCCCUCUUCAACAGGGGGAGUGGCAUGCUGCUGAGGUGACAAAACAGUAGAAAAAUAGAAUAUUCUGUUCCUUCCUGUCACCUUUCUCCUGUCUCUUAGCAUUCCCCACGGACCCGCCCUCUUCAGUCCUCCUCCCUUCAUGUCUUCUCAUUUCAGCCUUUCCUCGUACUCUUAAAUACUGUGCAACUUACCUGUAAGAAUAAGAAAAUAAUCAGAAGUGAUAUUAAUGCAUAGAAGAAUCCCUGUUAAGUCUGACUAUGCAAAUUCUAAUCCAGCAGACCCCUACAUUCCCAAGUGACAAAUCCAGAGCUUUUCAAAAUCCCCAAGGUCAUGACCGUCCUCAUCUGGCCAGUUUCCAGCUUUUGCUCCCAAGAUGUCGAGGUGAUGCUGUUCUUACCCCCAGUGCAAAUUUUCAUGUUAGGUGUUUCGGGGAUGGCUCGCAAAUACCAAGCGUUUGCUGUAUUUUUACAAAUACUUCCUAGCGUCCUAUUUAUUACUUCUCUUUUGUAACUGCUGUCUUUACCACAGGAAAACAUCUGCAUUUCUACUUUACAGCUGUCUCUUUUUAAAUAAACUGUGCAAGUGGACUUUGUUAUCACA